AAGGUGUGAAUUCUGCGAAGAGCGCGUUCGGCUUCUCACACUUCCGCCGUCCGCCUUCGUACGGGAACUAGCGGAAGACUCCAUUGACACCCAGCAGCAGCUCGGACAACACCAUGACUAUCGCAGCCGUCGCCACUAGGAGGGCAGCCGUCGCCGGCCAGGCCGUCACUCGUCUGUCUACGUUCAACCGCCUUCCUCUCGCCGCAUGCUCACUUUCCACACGUCUUCCCGCGUCGACGAGAUCACCCGCUGCUUCCUCCGUACGCUGCUCGUCAACGGCAGGAACACCCGUAAUACUGUCGGCCCCGGUCACCCAGGCCGGCCCGCUGCCAACCACUCCCCCGUCCUCGGCCCCACCACCACCGUCAGGACCGCCGAGACAGUCGAUAGGCCAGGAGGCACUGGGAUGGAACGCUGAGGCUGAGCAUGCUGGCCCGACGACGCACUUCGGGUUCCGCACUGUGAGGGAGGAGGAGAAGGAGUCUUUGGUGGGCAAAGUAUUCGGCUCCGUCGCACCCUCCUACGACCUCAUGAACGACGUCAUGUCCGCCGGCGUGCACCGGCUGUGGAAGGACCACUACAUGCGAGUGAUCUCUCCUGGCCGCGACACCCAGCUUCUGGACGUCGCUGGCGGCACGGGCGACAUUGCAUUCCGCUUCCUUGACUACAUCAAGGCGACGUACCGCGGCGACAUGGGCUCGGCGUCAGUCGCCGUCGUCGAUAUCAACCCGGAGAUGCUGAAGGUUGGACGGGAACGGGCGAAGAAGUUGGGGUGGGAUGAUCCCACCCGCCUAACGUUCACCGAAGGCAAUGCCGAGCACCUCUCCCACAUCCCCUCCUCCUCCAUCGACGUCUACACCAUCGCCUUCGGCAUCCGCAACUGCACCCACGUCGACCAAGUCCUCGCCGAAGCCUUCCGCGUCCUCAAACCCGGCGGCCGCCUCUCCGUCCUCGAGUUCUCCGCAGUCUCCAACCCACUCCUCGCCCCCCUCUACGAUCUCUACUCGUUCAACGUCAUACCCGCGAUGGGCGGCAUGGUCGCGAAUGAUAGGGAGAGCUAUGCGUACCUUGUGGAAAGUAUCAGGAGGUUUCCGAAACAGAAGGCGUUUAGGGAUAUGAUUGUGAAGGCGGGGUUCAAGGUUGAGGGACAGGGGUGGGAGGAUCUGACGUUUGGGGUUGCAGCUAUACAUACGGGAUUCAAGAUCUAGUGGAAGUUCAAUUAGCAAAGAAGUCAUGUAGAGACGACCGUACGGAAGAUUAGGUAGUUGAGAAG